AGAAUAUAGUUAUCAUGUGUUACGAUAAAAAGCAUAGAUCUGUUAUUUGAAAGUUUAUAACAAUUACCAGUUAUUUUCAUACUUUUGGAUUCAAAAUGGAUUCUCCCAAUUAGUUUGUGAAUCAGGUAGUUCUACUAACUUGGCCAAAAGGUCACACAGUAGCAGAGAAAACGGUAUAAUUGAUGGCACUUGUAAGAUAUUGAAAAUUAAGGAUGGCACGUUACCGAGGCCGAACUCGACCGUUCUGUGUUCCAACAACAGCAGCUAAACACAGCAAUGACAAGGAAGAUUCUGGUAUCCACAUGGAUGAUCAAGGGUCGCCGAUAUCUCCUGUGAUAUCUCCAGUAAGAACAGCAGUGUCCCCAGUCUUUCCUAUCAUCUCUGCAGGGUCAAGGCCAGCAAGGUCAGAGGGAGAUGUUGUCAGCAUGAGACAUGGGGUCACCGUAACCAAAAUCCCAAAAAAUAAAAUAGACAAUACAGUGGUUCCAAAGCCUCAUAACAGAAGAUUUACAGAAGAUCCAGUUACACAGAAAAGUAUAAGUUCUGUAGUUAAACAAACUGAAGGCAUACAGUUAGAUGAGAGUGAUUUAACUAACAAAAGAGUGACAGAUGAAAUACAGAAAUGCAAUAUAGAUAGGAGAGGUAGAAAUAGACCUAGACUGAGCUUACCUGUGCCAGUGACACUUCGUGUUGAUGAAGACGAAGGUCUUGAUGUAGGAGAUAGUAAUUCAGACUUGUUUAUAGCUAGCUCACAGGAAUGUCUGCAAGACAGUAGUAAACAAAAGCAGAACAACCUUGAUAAAGAUCUGUUGCAUGUCGAUACAGAGGAAUCUUCAGGAGAAGAAAGUUCUGAUUCAGAAAAUGUAGAGUUUUCAGUAAGCAGUGAAACAGAAGGUAAAACUGCUGAGCAUGUCAAACGGUCUAAAGUAAAAGACUCCAAAAAGAAAAAGUUACAAAGUCUGCUACCAUUAUUAAAACGAAGUCAGAGUCUUGGAUGUAACACAGAUUUAGUUCAGGAAGAUUCAGAACAUGCUAAGCAAUGUAUGGAAGGAAAACUGUCAGUGGAUAAAAUGCGAGAGGCAGGUGAUGUAAAACGAAUGAUUCAUAAAACAUGCAGUGCUGAUGCAGCCAUGAUGGCCACAGACGUUCUUCCUAUUGACCCGCAGGAAUUUGUGAAAAAUAAACAAAAAUCUUCAAUAGCAAAGAACAUGCGUAAAAAGUUCCAGAAGUUAAAGAGACGCAAUACAGAUUCCCUACUUGGUGCUGCAAUUUUGAGCGUAAGGGGUACAACGAAAAUCACUCAAUCCAAUGCAAUAGAAUGGGCAACUUCAUUUGAAGCUUUACUCUAUGAUAAAAAUGGUUUAGAAAUGUUCAGGAACUUCCUAAAGUCAGAGUUCAGUGAAGAAAACAUUGAGUUUUGGGUAGCCUGUGAAGAAUUCAAGACAGUUCGGACAAAUAAGCUUGUAUCUAGAGCACAAAAAAUUUACAGCGACUUUAUAGCUAUCAAAUCACCAAAACAGGUAAAUCUUGAUUCAAAAACAAGAUUACAGACAGUGACGAGCUUGGAAAACCCAACACGAGAUAUAUUCAAAGAAGCACAGAAACGUAUACAGUUCCUUAUGGAAAACGACUCUUACAAACGAUUCAUUGAUUCAGAUGCGUAUAAAUAUUUGAUUCGCAGAAAUUCUAGUACUGACGGAAGAUGAAGGAAAACAGGGACUUGAUAAUGAUAUUACCAAGGCUUUGUAAGCUACUAUAGACCAGAUAUCUAUCUGGAUACUGUACUUUGGGAAAUCUUUGCAGAGAUAAACCUUGGCUAAAUAUACCAAAACCCAUCAAGUAAUUUGGUUUCCGCAAUAUUCAUCAUUUUACAUACCUAAGAAUAAAUUGUCCUAAAAUAACAAGUUCUGUUAUGUUACUAUUUAUAGUAAUGUAUAUAGGUUUUUCUUUGAUCUUUUCUGGAUAAUACCGGUAUAUUUAACAGUAAUAUGAUUUUGAUAUAGACUGUAAGGGGUCUUUGUGGCUGAGUGGUUGAAGUUGCUGACUUUGAGUUAAUUGCCCCUAACCAUUGUGAGCUGGAACUUUGCUUAAGGUGUAAAAUUCUUUCGCAAGAGAAAACCAUCAAGCUGGCUUAUGGAAGGUUAGUAGUUCUAUCCAGGUGCCUGCCUGUACCUAAAAUAAUGCCCAGUAGAUUUUCUAGGAGUUUUCUCUACCACCUAAAGCUUGAAAGUUGUUUUAUUACCUAAACUCGUGUCUAUGUUACUUAGAAUCCAACAAAACAAAUAACAUGAACUGUACCAACAUUGUAUGUUAUAAGGAUUAAACUGAAAGUUUUAUAACAUGUAUGAACAAGAGCUCUGCCAAGCGAGGCAAUAUACGCUCAAAGGGUUAUAUUAGAUGAGGACAGAAGCCAUAUUUAAAGGAAAAGCAAAAUUUAAUAAUUUUUUAUUUGGUGCGAGGUGUGUGGGGCCUAUAUUCCAAGUUUCAAGACAAUACCUUUAAUAUUUUUCAAUUAAUGCUCUGGACACAAAGUAUGAUGGGCAUAUUUGACCUUGACCUUUGACCUACCACCCUGGUUCAUGCACUUUUCACAUCAUCUCAUCACCACCUACCUACAUCCCAACUUUGAAAUCAGUACCUUGAAUGGAUAAUAAUUUAGGCUCUGGACACUUAUUGAAAUACAGAUCUGACAUUUGAGCUCAAAUUAUGACCUUGACCCUAAACCUACAGACGAGGUUUAUGUUCUCUGCACAUCAUCUCAUCACCACCUACCUACAUGCCAAGUUUGAAGUCGAUACCUUGAAUGGUUAAUAAGUAAUGCUCCGUUCAUGAAAUAGGGCAGAUUUGAGCUUAAUUUGUGACCUUGACCUUUGACCUACAGACCUGGUUCGUAUGCUUUGCGCAUCAUCUCAUUGCCACCUACCUACAUGCCAAGUUUGAAGUCAAUACCUUGAGUGGUUAAUAAGUUAUGCUCCGUUCACGAAAUAGGGCAGAUUUGAGCUUAAUUUGUGACCUUGACCUUUGACCUACAGACCUGGUUCGUAUGCUUUGCGCAUCAUCUCAUUGCCACCUACCUACAUGCCAAGUUUGAAGUCAAUACCUUGAAUGGUUAAUAAGUUAUGCUCCGUUCACGAAAUAGGGCAGAUUUGAGCUUAAUUUGUGACCUUGACCUUUGACCUACAGACCUGGUUCGUAUGCUUUGCGUAUCAUCUCAUUGCCACCUACCUACAUGCUAAGUUUGAAGUCAAUACCUUGCAUGGUUAUUUAGUUACCUGGACACCAAAUAUGAUGGACAGUUUUGACCUUUUAGCUCAGCUGGUGACCUUGACCUACAGAGCCUGUUCAAGCACUCUGCACCUCGUCUUAUCACCUUCUACCAAUAGUCUUAUCACCUUCUACCAAUAUACCAAGUUUAAAGUCAAUACCUUUAAUGGCUUAAAGUUAUGCUCUGGACAAAAAUUAUGACGGAUGGACAGAUGCAUGCGCCAUCACGUAAUACAUCCGGUUAUUUUCAAAACGGGCAUACAUUGUGUAUUGAUUGAGGUUUUGUCAGAUUCCUUAAAAGUUUGACUUUCAUACAGCUUAUGUUGUUCUGUUAGCUGUGUUAUCAGAUUGAAAGCAAGUAGAUCUAGUUGUUACCUUUUUAUACAUGUAUGUUUAGCUCUUCUUGUUACCAGUAGAUAAAAUGUUUUAUAAUUACUUUGUAUUUUAUAUUGAAUCAAAUGUGCAAUAAAUUGUUUUUAAAGUUAUAA